UGGGGCGGGGCCGUGCUGGGCCCGGUGCUGAUGUUGAGAGGCGACUGGUCAUGCUGACCCAGCGAGACCUGAUAAGCAUGAAGCUCUUACCCCUGGUGGCGUUGGCCUGGUGUUUGGCCAUCCCCCCAGCUCAGGCCGGCAAGAGCUCCGAAGACAUUCGGUGCAAAUGCAUCUGCCCACCGUAUCGUAACAUCAGUGGACACAUUUACAACCAGAACGUGUCACAGAAAGACUGUAACUGCUUACACGUGGUGGAGCCAAUGCCCGUGCCCGGCCACGAUGUGGAGGCUUACUGCCUGCUGUGUGAGUGUAAAUACGAGGAAAGAAGCACCACCACCAUCAAGGUCAUCAUCGUCAUCUAUCUGUCUGUGGUGGGCGCCCUGCUCCUGUACAUGGCCUUCCUUAUGCUGGUAGAUCCCUUGAUCAGAAAGCCAGAUGCCUACACUCAACCAUUGCACAAUGAGGAGGACAAUGAGGAUGCCCGUUCACUGGCAGCAGCCGCUGCCCCCCUGACAGGACCCCGAGCUAACACGGUGCUGGAACGGGUAGAGGGUGCCCAGCAGCGAUGGAAGCUGCAGGUGCAAGAACAGAGGAAGACGGUGUUUGAUCGCCACAAGAUGCUCAGCUAGAUGGGCUGGGUCAGUUAGGCCGAGGGGAAGGGGAGGCAGUGGGGAUGGGGGUUGGGGGGCCUGUUUUUCCCCCCUCUCUCCAUCUCUUUUCUCUCUCAAUCCUUCCUGUUACAAGCCCGUGGCAAUGUCCUUCUUUCCUACCUACCCUCAACUUCUCUUCUCCCUCAGACAUGAUGUUCUAUGCCAGUGACCCAGGGAGGGUUCCUCAACGCAUCUCAGGGCUUUGGAUUUGGGAGGGGGUAACAGACCCAGAGGGAACAAAGAUAUUUCCUAGAGUCACCAGGAUGGGGUAGGAAAUGUCUUCCCUCCUCCUAUGCCUUCCCCAACUUAUCUCCAAAUCCUGGAGAGCCUCAAAAUCCCUGGGAGGGUGAAGCAAGGGCAAGUGGAAUGUCUUAGUUUGGGGUGGAAGAAAAGAAGCCCUGCCCAGCAUGUCCCUGCUCCUAUGUCCUCUGCUGUGCUAUAGAUUCAAUGAGACCAUGCCCCACACUCACACAGACACAAUCGCCACACUCCACAACUUCUGCUCCAUCCUGGCCCAAGUCCUGAAGUCACUUCCAUUGGAAAGCUGACAUUUUAGCUAAGGCCCAAGGUUCUGUAGUCAAGGUAUAGCCUUCCCGACGUCUUCCUCUCUGUGUUCAUUUCUUCUCUGGGUGUAGUCCAGGACCCCCAUCUAUUAUUUAUUUUACUGCCGAAUGUCCUAAUGUUGGGGGACAAACUUCUCCCAUCCUAACCAACUGAACACUGAGACCACCCCAAUCCCCUCCACUCCCAGCUGCUAAUUCAAAGGAAAAUGGCUGGAUCCUCUGACAUCCUAGGGGGAGGAGCAAAUUCACUCCUGAGCAUCAGAGCCUAAGUCCCUGGUAUCCGCAUCAUGUUCCCAAAGAUUAUUCCCUCAAUGCAUGGAGAGAAGUGUCUAUCCUUACCAUCACUUUGCAGUCCUGCCUGUAAGCCAAGGAAAUAAUGAUUAAAUCAUGUUUUAUCUCCCCCUCCAUCCCCAACCUUCAGGAUCUCAGGAGCCUUUAAGAACCAGAAGUAGAUUGGGGGGGGCAUAUUUUUCUCUAUUGUCUGAGUGGGAAAACAGAUCUGGAAAAAGGAUCUGCCAGUAGCUCAUGGGGCUAGAGGGGACAGCA